UUGGGUUGAACAUCACUGUAACAGUGUGAUACCAGAUCAAACCUUGGCAACUCAAGAAUUCUCAUCUGAAAUGUGGUCCUAAAUCCAUUGAUGGAUUUUGUAAAUCUUUUCACAGGAUAAAAAUGAGAAGGAAUUUGUCACCGGGAAUCUCAAACACAGUCCGCCAGUUUUGCUGUCUCUGUCUGGAUAUUUAAGAAGUGGAGCAAGGAUAUUCAAUCAACCAUCCUUCCUGCUCAGACUGUGGGGAGGGAUUUAUUCGGUCAUCUCAACUGAAGGUACAUCAGCAAGUUCACACUGGGCAGGGCCAUUCACCUGUUCUGUGUGUGAAAAAGGAUUCAGUUGGUCUUCCCGCCUGUGGACACACCAGUCAGUUCACACCACACCGGGCGGAGGCUGGUCAUCUGUUGAAUUUCUGGGAAAGGAUUCACUCAGUCAUUUGACCUAAUGGCUCACCAGCAAGUUCACACUGGGGAGAAGCCGUUCACCUGUUCAGUCUGUGGGAAGGGAUUCACUCAGGCAUCCAACCUACGGAGACAUCAGCGAGUUCACACCGGAGAGAAGCCAUUCACCUGUUCAGUCUGUGGGAAGGGAUUCACUCAGACAUCCAACCUACGGAGACAUCAGCGAGUUCAUACUGGGGAGAAGCCAUUCACCUGCUCAGAAUGUGGGAAAGGAUUCAGUGAGUUAUCCAACCUACUGGUACAUCAGCGAGUUCACACUGGGGAGAAGCCGUUCACCUGCUCAGAAUGUGGGAAAGGAUUCCGUGAGUUAUCCAGCCUACUGAGACAUCGUCGAGUUCACACUGGGGCAAAGCCAUUCACCUGCUCAGAAUGUGGGAAAGGAUUCCGUGAGUUAUCCAGCCUACUGAGACAUCGUCGAGUUCACACUGGGGCAAAGCCAUUCACCUGCUCAGAAUGUGGGAAAGGACUAACUGAUUCAUCCACCCUACAGAGUCAUCAGCGACUUCACACUGGGGAGAAGCCGUACACCUGUUCAGAAUGUGGGAAGAGUUUUACUCAGUUAUCCCAAGUACAGAGUCAUCUGCGAGUUCACACUGGGGAGAGGCCAUUCACCUGCUCAGACUGUGGGAGCAGAUUCACUCAUUUAUCCAGCCUACAGAGACAUCAGCGAGUUCACACUGGGGAGAAGCCGUACAUCUGCUCAGAAUGUGGAAAGGGAUUCAUUCAGUUAUCCCACCUACAGAGUCAUCAGCGAGUUCACACUGGGGAGAAGCCAUUCACCUGCUCAGUCUGUGGGAAGGGAUUCACUGAUCCAUCCAACCUGCAGAGUCAUCAUCGAGUUCACACUGGGGAGAAGCCGUUCACCUGUUCAGAAUGUGGGAAGAGAUUUACUCAGUCAUCCCAACUACAGAGUCAUAAGCGAGUUCACACUGGGGAGAAGCCGUUCACCUGCUCAGUCUGUGGGAAGAGAUUCACUCAUUCAUCCACCCUACAGCGACACCAGCGAGCUCACACUGGGGAGAAGCCGUUCAUCUGUUCAGUCUGUGGGAAGAGAUUCACAGAGUCAUCCAACCUACAGAGCCAUCAGCGUGUUCACACUGGGGAGAAGCCAUUCACCUGCUCAGAAUGUGGGAAGAGAUUCACUGAUCCAUCCAGCCUACAGAGUCAUCAGCGAGUUCACACUGGGGAGAAGCCGUUCACCUGUUCAGAAUGUGGGAAAGGAUUUACUCAGUCAUCCGACCUACAGAGUCAUCAGCGAGUACACACUAGGGAGAAGCCGUUCACAUGCUCAGAAUGUGGGAAGGGAUUCACUCAAUCUUCCACCCGACUGAGACAUGAGCGUGUUCACACCGGUGAGAAGCCGUUCAAUUGCACAGAAUGUGGGAAACGGUUCACUCUGUCAUCCCACCUACAGAGUCAUCAGCGAGUUCACACUGGAGAGAGGCCAUUCACCUGCUCAGACUGUGGGAGCAGAUUCACUCAUUUAUCCAGCCUACAGAGACAUCAGCGAGUUCACACUGGGGAGAAGCCGUUCAUCUGCUUCGUCUGUGGGAAGAGAUUCACUGAGUCAUCCAGAUUACUGGAUCAUCAGCGAGUUCACACUGGGGAGAAGCCAUUCACCUGCUCAGUCUGUGGGAAGGGAUUCACUGAUCCAUCCAACCUGCAGAGUCAUCAUCGAGUUCACACUGGGGAGAAGCCGUUCACCUGUUCAGAAUGUGGGAAGAGAUUUACUCAGUCAUCCCAACUACAGAGUCAUAAGCGAGUUCACACUGGGGAGAAGCCGUUCACCUGCUCAGUCUGUGGGAAGAGAUUCACUCAUUCAUCCACCCUACAGCGACACCAGCGAGCUCACACUGGGGAGAAGCCGUUCAUCUGUUCAGUCUGUGGGAAGAGAUUCACAGAGUCAUCCAACCUACAGAGCCAUCAGCGUGUUCACACUGGGGAGAAGCCAUUCACCUGCUCAGAAUGUGGGAAGAGAUUCACUGAUCCAUCCAGCCUACAGAGUCAUCAGCGAGUUCACACUGGGGAGAAGCCGUUCACCUGUUCAGAAUGUGGGAAAGGAUUUACUCAGUCAUCCGACCUACAGAGUCAUCAGCGAGUUCACACUAGGGAGAAGCCGUUCACCUGCUCAGAAUGUGGGAAGGGAUUCACUCAAUCUUCCACCCGACUGAGACAUGAGCGUGUUCACACCGGUGAGAAGCCGUUCAAUUGCACAGAAUGUGGGAAACGGUUCACUCAGUCAUCCCACCUACAGAGUCAUCAGCGAGUUCACACUGGAGAGAGGCCAUUCACCUGCUCAGACUGUGGGAGCAGAUUCACUCAUUUAUCCAGCCUACAGAGACAUCAGCGAGUUCACACUGGGGAGAAGCCGUUCAUCUGCUUCGUCUGUGGGAAGAGAUUCACUGAGUCAUCCAGAUUACUGGAACAUCAGCGAGUUCACACUGGAGAGAGGCCAUUCACCUGCUCAGAAUUCUGUGGGAAGAGAUUCAUUAAAUCAUCCCACCUGCUGAGUCAUCAGCGAGUUCACACUGGGGAGAAGCCGUUCACCUGCUCAGAAUGUGGGAAGAGAUUCUCUGAGUUAUCCAACCUACAGAAUCAUCAGCGAGUUCACACUGGGGAGAAGCCAUUCACCUGCUCAGAAUGUGGGAAGGGAUUCACUCAGUCAUCCCACCUGCAGAGACACCAGCGAGUUCACACUGGGGAGAAGCCGUUCACCUGCUCAGACUGUGGGAAGAGCUUCACUCACUUAUGCAACCUACAGAAUCAUCAGCCAGUUCACACUGGGGAGAGGCCAUUCACCUGCUCAGAAUGUGGGAAGGGAUUUACUCAGUCAUCCAGCCUACUGAGUCAUCAGCGAGUUCACACAGGGGAGAGGCCCUUCACCUGCUCAGAAUGUGGGAAGGGAUUCACUCAGUCAUCCCAUCUGAAGGUUCAUCAGCGAGUUCACACUGGGGAGAAGUCGUUCACCUGCUCAGAAUGUGGGAAGGGAUUCACGGAUUCAUCCUGCCUACUGGUACAUCAGCGAGUUCACACUAGGGAGAAGCCGUUCACCUGCUCAGAAUGUGGGAAGGGAUUCACUCAGUCAUCCCACCUGCAGAGACAUCAGCGAGUUCACACUGGGGAGAAGCCAUUCAAAUGCUCAGAAUGUGGGAAGAGAUUCACUCAAUCUUCCACCCUACAGGCACACCAGCGAAUUCACACUGGGGAGAAGCCAUUCACUUGCUCAGUCUGUGGGAAACAAUUCACUCUGUCAUUCCAACUACUGAAACACCAGCGAGUUCACACAGGGGAACGGCCGUUCGCCUGCUCAAAAUGUGGGAAGAGAUUCGCUGGAUCAUCCAACCUACAGAGACAUCAGCAAGUUCACACUGGGGAGAAGCCGUUCACUUGCUCAGUCUGUGGGAAGGGAUUCACUCAGUCGUCCCAACUACUGGCUCACCAGUCAAUUCACAAUGGGGAGUGGCCAUAGUUAUGAAUCCCUGGGUUUCGUUUGCUGUGGGCUGUCAUUUUAAGAGAGAGCGAGAGAGAUUAAGAAGGUGAAUCAGUCUGACUUGCAGCUUGUUUACAUUGCUCGCAGCUUGUUUCCUUUUAACCAAGGACACAGACAAUCAGAGUCAGACGGAGACGAAGGAGGAAAAAUGGAAGGAUCGAAACCAGGGAACUAGAGGCCAAGGGUCACUGUUUGGAACUUUCCUAUGCCCACAAGGGUGGGUUAAUUAUCGAUUCACCAUACAUCGUAUGUGUAGUUGUCACCGCGUUUGAUCCAUAGGAGUGGAUCUGAUUUGGGGUGUCCUAUGAAGACCACAGAUGUGUUAACCCUUCCCUGGGUGUGGUGUGGUAAUUCACUUGAAGACGAUACCGCUUGUGACAAGUCACUUUCGGUGAUAAAUCUUAUGAGGGUUUGGAAUGACGACAAAUAAAAUCGACAGCGACUGUUGUGUGGGUUUACCACCAUGGAACCUGUGGAAUUCAACAUAAUUGCCUUCUCUCAACAUUUACCCUGGAUUACAAAUAUCUCUCUCAUCACCUGAACUUUCAUACUUUGCUAUCUCAAGAAUCCAAGCCUUGUUUCUCCAGAGCUCAAUAGUUUGGGAGUUUUAUUUAAACACAUAUAUACACAUAACAUUAUUAACUUUUGUUUAUCUUGCAUAAGUUACUAUAUUACAAGUAGAUUCUAAUAAAGAUAGUUUUAAC